CCGAUUUGCUGCUGGUGCUAUUUCGUGAUUUUGUUUUUACAAAUAAGUUAGUCGUAUUUUGCUGCAAGUUUGGUUGUUUGCUGCCAUGGAGAAAACAAAAGUUUUUUACGUUGUGACAAGUCUCAGUACGCUGAUAGCCUUAAUUUUUCUCUUUGGCCUUUUGACAAGCUUUUACUACCAGAAUAUGAAGAUUAACGAAGAAAUUGAACGAAAGGUGGCAGAAACCAACUGUAUGGCAUGCUGUGGGAAAAACAGCGAACGUUGCAAGAAAAUGCAAUGCGAAACCAAUCUAUGCUCGAACGAUCAAGAUUCCGGAAAAUCUCACCUUUAUAACGAACAUGAAUUACACAAGUUCAUUCGUGGUCAUGCGGCUAACGAAUACGAGGACGCAAUAAAAGUGGCUAAUCAAGUGAUAACAAGUAGAGCAAAAGGACAAUCAUUGGCAACAAGAAUUGAAAAAGCAUUGUCAACAACGAACGAACAUCGCCCAUACUUGCACAUGUGGAAUAAGGACUCUCAUCAAAAUGACGUAGUUGUUUGGGAGCAUGCCAAUGGCGCCGGAACAACUUCACGUAAAGGGUUCGACGUUUCAGGGGGAAAUAUCACUGUUAAUUCUGAAGGCGUAUAUUAUAUGUACCUUCACACCACGUUUCGAACCAACGGCAAUCCCCGGACACGUAGCAGGCGCAUAUCGCACAAAGUUUUAGUAAAUAAUUCUCCGAUCGAACUGUUGGGUGAAAAACGUGACUUGGGGGAAGAUGAUACAAUACAAACAUUAGAUUCGCUGAUGACAUAUGUGCUUGAAAAGGAAAAUAGAUUAACCAUUGAGCUCGAAAAACCUGACUAUAUGUCUGUUAGCACGAAUCCGAGUGAAACCUACUUCGGUAUAUUUAAACUGUAGAAUCUGCGCUUGUAGUUUCGGUGGAAACAAUUUGCAAAUCUGCACUUUAUAACUCUUUAUUUUAUUUUUUUGCUUUUAGUGAUGCAAUGUUAUUGUUUGUUUGUUUUUUUCCUGUAUUGCCUGUGUAUGGUAACUUGAUUUGCAAAAGGAACUUAUAAAUUUAAAAUAAAUAAGGAACCAAAUAAA